GUGGAGGUGGAGGUGGCAGCAUCAGCAGUUACAGUUACUCUGUUGGUGGCGGAGGCUUUGGUGCAGGUGAGGGCAUGGAUAUCGGGACCAAUGAGAAGGCCACCAUGCAGAACCUGAACGAUCGCCUGGCCUCUUACCUGGAUAAGGUGCGCAGCCUUGAGAAGGCCAAUGCAGAGCUGGAGCUGAAGAUCCGCCAGUUCUUGGAGAGCAAGACCUCCCCCGUUUCCCGUGACUACUCAGCUUUUGAGGCCACCAUCGCAGACCUGCAGAGAAAGAUCCAGGAUGCUACCAGUGUCAAUGGAGGCAUCUAUCUGUCUAUUGACAACGCAAAACUGGCAGCAGACGACUUCCGAACCAAGUAUGAGAAUGAGCUUGCCAUGCGUCAAUCAGUGGAAGCAGACAUCGCCGGUCUCAAGAGACUGUUGGAUGAGCUGACACUGAACAGAACAGACCUUGAGAUGCAGAUAGAGGGCCUGAAGGAGGAGCUGAUCUUCCUCAGAAAGAACCACGAGGAGGAAUUGGCAGCCAUGAGGAACCAGAUGAGUGGACAGAUUAACGUGGAGGUGGAUGCAACACCACAGCCAGACCUGUCCGCCAUUAUGGCUGAGAUCCGUGAGCAGUACGAGACUGCAGCUCUCAAGAAUCAGAAAGAACUUCAAAACUGGUUCCAAACAAAGUCAGAGGAACUGAACAAGGAGGUGGCAAGCAGCACAGAAACUCUCCAAACGUCCAAGUCAGAAAUCACUGAGAUCCGCCGAACGCUGCAGGGCCUGGAGAUCGAGCUACAAUCACAACUAAGCAUGAAAGCGUCUCUGGAAGGCACAUUGCAUGACACAGAGGCACGAUACUCCAUGCAGCUCAAAGGCCUCCAGAGUCAGGUGUGCAGCCUGGAAUGCCAGCUGGAACAGCUUCGUGGUGAUAUUGAAAAACAGAGCCAAGAAUACAACAUGCUGCUCGACAUCAAGACUCGGUUGGAGAUGGAAAUUGCAGAGUACAGGAGGCUUUUGGACGGAGAGGGCAGUAUGACCAGUGGCAGUGGUUCAAGGAGCAACAACUGAGAGCCACAAGCACAACACCUGAACCAAAAUGUUCUUCACGUACUCAUGUGAAUGCAAUAAAAAGCUGCAUGUUUGCUCCCUUCUAA